UAUUAUUAAUAGCGCAUUCUCCCUCUAUACAAAAUACCGAGAGUCCAGUUGUGUGGGUUCGGGGCUCCGAUUGUAGACCCGGAUUAUGGCUUCUCCGGAGUUGCAUGCGAAAGACGAUUCUCCUCUGCGUCUUCCCGUUUGGGGCGUGGAUUCGAUAUUCGGGUCCGAAACGUCGUCGUCCGACGGGUUUAGCACGUCGUUCGGGUCGGAGCUGGGCUCGACCGGAACCGAAACAGAGAGCGAGGAUGGCGGAGGUGGAGAAGACGACGAUGAUUUCAUCGCUGAGUUGGCUCGGCAGAUGGCGGAUUACAUGCUUCAGGAUGAUGAGGAUGAAACCUUCGAAGAUGACAAUGGAGGAGUUGAAGUUCCGCCGGAAUAUUCCCCCAAAUUCAUGCAGGUAACGCCUUGCGGAUGUGGAUACGAAGGAAAAUGGUGCAAUUGCAAUGCGAGCUCGGUGUGUUAUUACGAUAACAAGGAGCUGUUGGAAUCGGACUCUGUAACUGCAAAUCAAUCCGCCUUCAUGUUCAACGAUUCCGCGCGGCCAAUCGAAGUGUACAGAUUGAAGAACCAACCGUCCGUGAUAAAACAGGGGCACGCUUCGCGGGGAAGACGAGCCAAGGCAGGGGAGUCAACACAGCAGAGAAAAACACUCACCAAAUCACAACUCGAACACAAAGAUGCGCCGCCGCCGCCGCCGUACGGGUCGAAAAAGGGUCACAGAAGAGGCGGCGGUCGCGGAGGAGGAAAGGCGAAUCCGAUUAAAACCGGGUCGGGUAUGCAGGCGAUCUUCCUCGGGCGGUCCGGGCACAGGAGCGAUUCCCAUAGUGGUGGGACAGGCGUUUUCUUGCCCCGUGGAACCAACCAACACCCAACUGAACCCAAAAAAAAAUCCGGAUGUUCGACUGUUUUAAUACCAGUGAGGGUAUUACAAGCUCUGCAAAUUCACUUCAACCACAUGGAUGCUUCUUCGUCGUCACACUCCAAUAUAUGCACUCCUAAUCACCUCGACCGCGAUAGCAAGAAGACACGAGAUUUGCUCUCACAAGGACUGCGACAGGCAACCGACAUCCAACUCCCACAGACAAGCGAAAUGAACACCCACGAGAUGCAGUUGCCACAGGAAUGGACCUAUUGAUGACGUCACGGAAUUUUCGGAGCAGUCAAUAGAAAAAAAAAUAUAAUGGAAUCUUUAGUUAAGAUAUAUAUAUCCUGAGAAAAUUUUUAAAAAAUAAUGAAAUUAGUGGGGUUGAAAACGACAUCGCUUUAUUCGUUUUCUCAUUAAUGGCUGCUCAUUAAGAUGGGUGUGGUUGUUGUGUUCUUCCUCCUCUGUAAAUUAAUAAUGUUAUGGGAGGGUUGGCAUAUGAUAUGUGCAUAUAAUGAUGCAUGUCUCUUUGUAUAAAAUAAGGAUUAGAUUCAAAGAUUCUGUUUGAAUGAAUAACAAUAAAGUUAUGCCUAUUCAUGAUGAA